AAUACCAUCAGCAGGAGGGAAAAACUUGGAAAAACUGGACGACGACAGGAAACGAGAAAGAGACGCAUACUUCGAACAAUGGGUCAGCCACGCUCUUGCUGACGAUUCUACGAAUGCAACACUGUUUCGAGAGGAAUACAACACGAGCGGUGACGCUAGGCGUAACGAUAUGAUCGAAAAUGUACGGACGUACUUCUCCCAGUCAAACGUCGUGCGAACCGUUGCUACGAAAAUGAGGUUGCAGCUGAAAGUCCAACGCGCAAUGGUGUUCUCCGCGUCUUCCCAUGAGGAGCAAAAUCUCCAGCGAGCAGUCGCCGAAGCUUUCGACAUUGACUAUCUCGAUCCUUUUGACUCGGCCUCACGAUUUUUGAGUACUUGA